AUGACUUCUUGCUACAGUUCGUUCUACGUCGAGGUCGACUACAAUAGCGCCGUGGAUGGCUGCUACGAGGACACCACCACGAGCGUCAACGACUUGGACGGCUACUUCCUGGACGGCGUGGAGGCUGGAGGAUCAUCGAUAGUAUAUGCCUCCUCAUCUUUUCGGGAUGAUCAUUUUGUCUGGGUGGUCGCCAACGUGUACGACAUAGACGUUGAAGAAGGCAUUUUUGAUGUAAGCAUAACAUGUAAAGAUGCCUACGAGGACGACGCGACUACGUUGCACCCGGUGGAGGUGAUCCAGUGGAACUGCUACAGCACGGCAGAUGAGGACUACACCAGAUUGGACGAGAUAGAAAUCACCUGCAGCUGCGGCACCGUCGCGGGCUACACUCCAUCUCCUGUGUACUCUCCGAUCGCCACGCCCGAGCCAACCCCUGCUCCUGUGUCUCCUCCGAUCGCCACGCCCGAGCCUACCCCUGCUCUCGUCGAGCCUACCCCCCUUACCCCCGCUCCCAUCACCCCAACCCCAGCUCCUGUGUCCCCUCCGAUCGCUACGCCCGAGCCUACGUCCCCUCCGACCACCACGCCUUCUCCUACACCUGGUGACCAAGCCAACGCGCUCACUGCCGCUCCAUUCGUCCUCUACGCACCGGACCCUGUCCCCUCUCCGACUGCCACGCCUUUUCCUACCCCUGCUCUCACCGAGUCUACUUCCCCCUUCACCCCACCACCACUCCCUGAUAUCACCACUACUCCGGCCACGGUGGCUUCAUCUGGUGGCGGAGAUCCGUCGACAAUGAGUGUUGUAGCCGUUGCAGUGGGUGGCGGGCUGGUCGUAGGGGCGAUCGCGACCUUAAUCCUGCUGUUCAAGACCGGCCGACUAAAGCAUUGCAGGAAUGGCAGCUCACACGGCACGUCACGGGGGGUGGGCCCAAUACCUGCUGCUGCCGGACCUUCUGCCAUGGAGAGUGCCAGGCGGGGCAUGCAGAUUCCGGCCGCAAUCCAGUACCCCGAGGCUCUGCGCGCAUAGCCCCGACGAAUCCGCGAUCGUGUUAUCCCUCAGCAAUCGUGUUAUCCCUCAAUACCUCCGCUCGUGCUUCGGUUUCCUUUCAACCGAAUAUAGGGUAUGAUGGUUAGGGUGUUGUGGCCGGUGCGGUGGCGGCCGGGUUGGUCGUCGUAGAGGCGAUCGCGACGACAAUGUUUCUGCUGUUCAAAACUAGUCGGCGACAGACUGGCUACCAGCUGUGGCCAGGAGGACCACUCAGCUUCCAGCCAUGGACAGUACGCUGAGGCGCUGGGUACGUAGCACACCCGACGCCUACCCCAGCUGAUAGGUUACCCAAGGUGGCAGAACCUUGUAGGGUGUUGUCUUCUUGCAGCAGUGGACGUUCACCCACCUAGGUACAGUAGUUGAGGGGAAGGGGUUCAGGCAUUGCGUCGGUUUGUAGUCAUGCCACGGCGGCAAGCAAUACCACAACGACGGUGAUUCUAUCCGCUAUUGAGAACUGUCGAGAUGUGUCGUGACGAUCGUCUCGAGUGUCAAGCACAUCGCGAUGUAGGAAUUUACGUCUCUUUUGCCUUUCUUUUGCAUCCAAGGCGAUAUACAAGGUUGCAAAUGUCCCUUUGAGUAUGGAUACGUACACGCCACUUUUUGGUCGUGCCAAACCCAGCCUUUGCUGGCGAGGGUCAUUUCGUGUUGACGUUGCUCUUGGUUGAAACAUGUAUCGUCAAGUCAUUCGCAGACCUAGCGCUCGCUUUAGACUCGAGGUUAUCGUAAGGUUCGGUCUUGUUCGGGUCAUCGGAAAACACUUUUUGCACAUGUAUGAGUCGCUAUAUCGUUAUGUCGGCAGCUCAGUUUCUUGCCCGUGGACAAACCGGUACAUGCAUGUUCGGGUUCGGAACGUACACUAGUCCGUGGGGUUCUUGCUGGGUUUCAGGAGGACGGCUCGCCAAAAUGUCGUUUCACUCCAACUGAUGACUCCCUCUCUUUCACUCUC